AUGUCAAUUAGCAUCAGCCACAGUCAACGCGGUGUGCGGUACCAUCUGCGUGAAUUCGAGCUCGCCGAGACCAAGCGCACUCACUCGGGCCAAGCGGAUCUCCAUCGACGUUCGUCGCCUAAAGAGCGCUCCCGCAGGCCCGGCGAUUUUUCCGGCAUCCCAGAAAAGAAGCCGUCUUACAAACAAAAUCUGCAGUUUCAGAGGCUAUUCCAUUCGUUCCACGGCAAUCUCGUGGGCUUGGAUGUCCGGUUCUAUUCAUUUGAGAACCACUCACAAAUUUUGGGAUAG